AUGGCCGUCAACAGCAAGUCGGUUGUGCAUGCAGAGGAACACCUACCACAAGCCACCACCAGCGCUUCCCACUCGCCAAGAGCCGAGACCGACAAGCCCCUGGCGAGUGGCGGCAACGUGUGGGUGUGGGGCGCAGAUGGCGGGACCGUGCCCUCUGCCGGGUCUUCCCCGGCCGAUUCACUGGUGCCGCGGCUGGCCGCGAAGCUCAGCGGAAAGGGCAUCAAGGGCCUGGCUUUCGGCGACAAGGCUGCAGCCGCCGUGACGAACAAGGGCGAGCUGUACUUGUGGCGAGUCGGCGAAGAGGAACCGACGCUGACCGAGCACAAAGGCGUACAGCAGGUGGCCUGCGGAAGGAAUGGACUGAUCGCGGCGCUCACGGACAAAGGCGACGUCUUGCUGUGGGACGCGCGCACGCAUGCCGAAGGCGGGCUGCAUCCACCCGCCUCGUCUAAAGAGGCCGGUUCGAAAGCCGGCGCGGAAACGAUCACGCAGGUCGACUGUGGCAGCGGACACGUGGCGAUGGUGACCUCGCGCGGCAGAGUGCUCGUGCUCGGCGAUAACAACUACGGCCAGCUUUCUCAUAUCUGGGACAACUACUGGCUGACAGUGUGGCACGCAAGACGCAUCAAACGAAACCCGAGGACCAGGCAUGCCAUACUGCUGGACGAUGGUGCCGUGUUCAUGCUGGGCAGCGUGCAUCUCAGUGGACUCAAGGGGAGCACACUGUACACCGACUCGCCUGUGCUCGUACCGCUGACGCGUGACUCCAAGUCCGUGGAAAAGCUGGGGCGGAUUAUCAAGCUGAGCUGCGGUGGAGAGCACACGCUAGCCCUCACCAACUACGGUGUCCUUUUGGCCUGGGGUAACGGGAUGUAUGGCCAAGUGCCCGACAACCAGGGCAAGCACAUCAACACGGCUCACCCUGUGCUCAGGGCGCCAUUCUUCAACGCCGAAGGCAAGGAAUUCAUCAACAACGAGGUGAAGGAGCUCCAAUGCGGCAACGAGCAUUGCCUCGCCCUCACCAAGGGAGGCGACGUGUGGUCCUUCGGCCGAAACGACCGGGGACAGUGCGGCGUCGGCAACCGCGCGCAUCAGAAGACACCGCACAAGGUGACCAAACUGCAGUCGCGCAAGGACAAGAUCUCCGCCAUCGCCUGCGGCCAGCACACCUCGGCUGCCAUCGAAGAGUGA